CCCAGUUGUCUUGAAAGCACCACAAGAGGCGGAUGUUGAGUAGAUUCAUGAUAAACAGACUAGCUAACGGUUGCCAUCAUUUGUCUUCCCUACGAACAGGCUUGGGAUAUAGCUAUCCUCAUCACCCAAUUCAAAUUGUGUGGAAGAGACAACCCAUCAGGCUGUUGGACCUGACAGAAGAGCAGGCUCUGUAGGUGGAGACUCCCCACUGUCAUCAGCAGAGUGGCUGAGUGAGUUCAAGGCCAGUGGUGAGUGGAGCUUCUACCCCAGGCCCCCCCAUCCAAAGGUCCAGCCAGCAUGUCCAGCGACCCACCUCCUCCCUACCCCGGAGCUCCCAGCGCCCCUCUUAUCGAGGAGAAGAAUGGACAGCCAGCCGCUCCGGACUCGGCGGCCCCUGUAACGACAGGGCCUCCUCAGGGGCACCCCCUGCCUCCAGACUAUGGCCCUCCACCCUACGAGGCCACGCUACAGCCAGGCUUCUUGCCGCCACACGUCCCAGGCGAUGGGGCCAUGCCCAUACCACAUGGUGGCUUCUACCCUCCGCCGGGUCACUUUGGCCCGGGUCACUUUGGCCCGGGUCACUUUGGCCCGGGGCAGUUUGGCCCGGGGCAGUUUGGCCCGGGGCAGUUUGGCCCGGGGCCCAUUCAAUUUGGACCUGUGGCAGGUCAGAUGGCUCACACGGUGACGGCACCCCCUGGGACAGCUACCACAGUGACCGUGCUACAGGGGGAGAUAUUCCAGACAGCACCCGUACAGACUGUGUGUCACCACUGCCAGCAGCCCAUCAUCACCCGCAUCAACCACAGUGUGGGCCUCAUGAACGCUGUCUUCUGCCUCUUCUGCUUCUUUGUUGGGUGUGAUCUGGGCUGCUGCUUGAUUCCCUGUCUGAUCGAUGAUCUCAAGGAUGUGAUACACACCUGCCCUUACUGCAAGGGCUACAUCUACACAUACAAGCGUAUCUGCUAACCACCAACAGACAGACGUGUGUGUGUGUGUAUAUAUAUUAUGCACACAUUAACUCACAGCUCCUCAUGGUUGUAGUUGCAGCCUAUGUUCUUUCUCCAACAUUUGCUCAGUGUGUUGUGCUUCAUUUAGCCCUCCUAACUUUACUCUUGCUUUCUAAAGCACUUGUUCACACUCACUAUACUUACUGUAUAUCAUAGGAGGCUGGUGGGAGGAGCUGUAAGAGGACAGGCUCAUUGUAAUGGCUGGAAUGGAAUCCAUGGAACGGAGUCCAACACGUUGUGUCCAUGUAUUCGAUUUGUUUGGUGCAAUUCCAUUCCAGGCAUUACAAUGAGCCUGUCCUCCUAUAGUUCCUCCCACCAGCCGCCUAUGCUAUAUAUAUAUUGUCCUGACUCACUUACCUAGCUAUGUACAGGCAUUUAGAUAAGUGCUAGAUAGACACAUCACACAGGACUGAACCUGAUCUAAAAACAGAAACCUAUAACAAUUGAGAAAAGAUGAGUUGCAGACACGGUACAUCUUGCAUAUUUUAUAAAAACGUCUUUGGUUAUGGGAAGGCUCUGAAUUUGACAUUUGUGGAGUGAACUUGAGGGGUAGAGAAGGUCACACUUUGGGAAAGCUGUAAACAUUUGUCACUUUAAUCAAAAUCGUCAGCAAUCAUCAGCAAUUGCAGGGUCACUAUUUUGUUGUUUUUGUAAUUUAAUAUAUUUUAACAUGUUAAUAUUGAGCACAAUGAAGGUUACGUCCAUGUCUGAGACCUACUUUCUGUUUGUUCUAUCACCCUGUUUGUCCUACAACCUUAAUGUAUAUCCAUUUUAAAUGUUACAAGUAAAUAACCAUGUAUCAGAUGUCAGGACAAACUCGAGUUGGUAAGACUGAGUUUAAUUUAUUUAGUUCUCACUUAAUUGAGAGAAGUAUGUGUUUCUGUCUUUUUUAAUCCUCUAUGUGCUUUACAUAGUCACUUGAUGUCCAGUGAUUUUUGCUAGAGCUGUUACAAUAAUGCCAGUCAUGUUAAUGUAUUCAAUUUUGAUAAUGAAGCAAAUGUGUGCAUUCGCAAUACCAUUAUAUAAGCACAAGUUCCCAUGUGAAAUUUCAUACAUUCAUAAAACCAGAAUUACCAUGAA